AUGGUAGUUCACGUGUACAGAAUGCUGCUUAAUGCUAGUCUUAGUGCAUGCCGAGUUAGAAGUGACAGCGGCAGAGGGUGCAAGCCAGAAGACAACAACAGUUUCAACACUCAAACCAUGUCAGGUACUGAGAAAAGGUAUACCUACACCCGCCAAACACAGGCAGAAUAUAGAGAAAGGCUGCAGGGAGAGGGAGCACAAGAGAAGGAGGAAGAACACAGCCAUCACACAGAGCGAGGGAACGACAAGAGGAGAAGGAAGCAGGAAGAGGAGAGGCGCAAGAGGUAUCACAAGAGGCGGCGACGGCAAGCAAGAGUCUACACUUCUGAUGAGGACGACGAAGAAGAUUUACAAGACGACGUUCAUGAGGAAGAGAGCAGCGAGCACAGCGAAUGCACGGAAGAGAGUUCUGACGAAGAAGAGAAACGUGAGCAUGGGGCGUACGAACACGACACAGAUUACGAGACGGAGACGGAUGAAGACUCCGCUUCCUGCAGCGACUACGAGUCCGAGGAAUCGUCCGAGCUGGAGACUCCGUCCGAGGAAGAGUCUGAGCCAGAGUCUUCCCACGAGCAGGACUCCGAAUACGAACCCGAGUCCGAGGCGACGACCGAGUCAGACAUGGAGGGCGAGAGCGACGCCUCCUCCGAGCAAGACGAGGAGGAGGAACAGGAAGAGGCGGAACAUGAGGAGGAACAGUCUGAAAGCGAAGAGACUAAUGAAGAAGAGCGGCACCAACACAGAGAAGAUUCGGAAGAAGAAAAAAGGAAUGAAGAAUCGGAAGACGAUGACAAUGACGAAAACUAUGAACACAAAGAGCAGGAGGACGACUCCGAAGACGAAAAGGAGAAAGAAGAGUCUGAAGACGAGGAGUAG